AUGGCGCCAGCUGCCGCCGAGCAGGCGCUCGGGCCAGAUGCGCCGGUGCCGGCGCCGCCCGUCUCGCCGGCCGGGCCUGCGGAGCCGGCCGAGUCGGCGGCGUCGGCCGCGCCAGGCGUGCUGGCUGCUGCCAGUCUGCCUCGUCCGGCCGAGGCGGCUGAGUCGAGGGUGUCUGGUGCCGCCGAGCCCGCGGCGCUGGUGCCACCGCCGCCAGUCGCGCCCGCCAGAUGGGAGUUUCGGCGUGCCCGCGCGGCAGGCCCUGGGGCGGGGCCAUUCGUCAAGCGCGCCCGCCGGGACUUCGGCCUGGCGUGGACUGCCAUUUGCCCUGGCGGCGAUGGCUGCGGCGCUAGCACCUGCUCCACGGGGCGCGGUGGCGGCGGAGGCGCCGCCCCUCAGUCACCGCCAGGCGCCGCAUGUGGCGGCCAGGGCGGACCUCAGGGGGGCGAGACGCCGCAGGGGCAGGAGGACCCCUGGGGCGAGCUGAGCUCCAGUGAGCCAGCCCCGCGCAGGCGGGAGGCGCGGCCUGGCGUGUGCGCCGAGUGCAUGCCGCUGCUGCGGCGGAGCAGAGGCCGCUGGUUGAGGUUCGCGAUCUGCCCCCACCUCCUGGAGAAGCACCGGGGCCCGCUGCCCGCAGAGCCGCCCUUGGUGGGCAAGAGGCCACGGCGGACACGCCUUGCGAUGGUGCGACGUGGCGAGUGGCCGAAGGCCAGGAAGGGGCGCCGAUGCAAGCACGGGCGUCGUUCAGAUAGAUGUGUUCUUUGCUCAGGCUGCGAGCACGGGCGCGUGCGUGACCGCUGUCGGCUGUGCGCGCCAUGUCCCCACGGCCGCGUUGCACGGAGCUGCCCAGUGUGCGCUGAGUGCCCGCACGGGCGAGUGAGAGACACCUGCGGCAUUUGUAACGACUGCGGCCACGGAACUGUCCGGGCAGCCUGCCUCAUUUGCUCAGGCUGUGACCACGGCAAGCUCCGCUCGGGCUGUGCUGAGUGCAGACCCUGUCCUCACGGGCGCCUGGUAGGCAAUUGCCCAGAGUGCCGCGGCUGCCCGCACGGGCGGUUGGCCGCGUGGUGCGCGGAGUGCAGCCCUUGCAAACACGGCCGCGUCAAGCCAGACUGCGCCUUGUGCAGUGGCUGCGUCCACGGGGUCCUCGAGCGCUUCUGCAAGAUCUGCAGCCCGUGCCCGCACGGGGCCCGCCGGAACCACUGCCCGCAGUGCGCCGGCUGCCCCCAUGGCAAAGUGCGGUACAACUGCCGAGAGUGCGCCGGUUGCCCCCACGGGCGCGUGCGGCGUUUCUGUGCGGCUUGCAACCCUUGUCCGCACGGGAAGCGUAAGCAGUCGUGCAAGGAGUGCGGGAUCUGCCCCCACGGCCGCAUCUGCUACAGCUGCGCCGAGUGCAGGGGCUGCCCCCACGGCAGGGUGCGCAGGUUCUGCAGGCUCUGCAACGGCUGCCCCCACGGCAAGCUGGCCCGCUUCUGUGGCGUAUGCGGGCCCCUCGGCCGCGGCGGCCACGGCGGGGGCCAGGGCUGCGGCAGCCCGCGCGGGAACCGCGCCAGCCGAGGCUGCGGCUCCGCAGCAGGCGGAGCCGCGCCGCGUCUGCGACCGGGGGGCAGCGGCGAGUGA